AAGCCUAUGCAUAUAUAUAAUCAUGAGUGAGAGAGAGAGAGAGGGUUUGAGGCAAUAUUGGGGCUCCGGUUCUCUCUUUGCUUUGCAAUGGCUUUCUUGAUGGGGAGAUGUGGUGAGAUGAUGGUUUCUGUGGACUCUCACAAGCCAGUUCCAGCACCCUUCCUGACCAAGACCUACCAGCUCGUUGAUGAUCCUUGCACUGAUCACAUUGUAUCCUGGGGUGAAGAAGAAACCACCUUUGUGGUGUGGAGACCUCCUGAAUUUGCAAGGGAUCUCCUGCCCAACUACUUCAAGCACAACAACUUCUCAAGCUUUGUAAGGCAGCUUAACACCUAUGGAUUCAGAAAGAUUGUUGCAGAUAGGUGGGAGUUCGCAAAUGAGUUCUUCAGAAAAGGGGAGAAGCAUUUACUCACUGAGAUCCACAGAAGGAAAAGCCCUCAAGUUCCUCACCACUACCACCACAACCACCAACACUACCAUGAAUCGCCACCUCCUUUCCAAGGUCCAGAUGAAAUGACCAGCUGGAUCGAGCCUCCCCUACCGCUCCCCAGUGGUGACGCCGAGUUCCUCUCGGCUCUUUCGGAGGACAAUCAGAGACUGAGGAGAAAGAACUCCCUCCUCUUAUCAGAGCUCUCACACAUGAAGAAGCUAUACAAUGACAUAAUCUACUUCAUCCAAAACCAUGUCACCUCAACACCCCCUGACCGAAGGCUUGUGAACCCAAGGCCUGGUAGACUUAUAGAACUCGCUCCUGAUGAUCAACUUCAGUCUCCUUCAGAGCUCCAAAAAGGAUCAAAAAAUCGCUUCUCGGCGACCAUGCCCGGGGACUCCGACAGCACCGUCAAGCUCUUUGGUGUUUCCAUUCAUGGCAAGAAGAGAUUGCACACUGAGACAGCCUGCGGUGAAAACUCAAAUGCAAGUGAUUAGAACAAUAGGGAGGAAUUGUUGGAAGAAAAGGUUUUGUUUGGAAGAAUUAAGACUACUGAGACCAACUCCCAUCGUGAGGGCGUUCAGUUUGAACUGUUGUUGUAGAAGACCUUAUAUGCUGUUACGGACUUUGUGCUCCUUGCUCUUCCCUUCUCGUGGAAGUUGAUCAGUCUUUUUUUUUUUUAAUGAUGAUUAGAAGUGUAGUGUACUGACAUUAUAUUAUAUUAUUAAGUCCUUCAAAUAUUUCUUUAUCU